UGUAAACAGGCAAAACGUGUGUUCUAGUGGAAAAAAUACAUCUAUGUUUUUGAAACAUUUGUCACGUCGGAUUUUUUCGAACCCGGAAAGAAACGAAACAGGAAUAAAUUAUAUUGGAAGGUGGCGAGCUUGUCAUCAGGAUGCGGCGUCUUGCCUUGACGUCACUUGUUGCUUGCAUCUUUGUGACCCUUUGGGGCGUGGUUUCAGCCGAGAAGGUAUGCUACUUCAGCCAGGAGCCUGAUGUGAGUCAGUCAGGCCGUCUUCGCUGGGUUAUGCCGGGGAGUAAGGAAGAUCGUUGCGCCUGUACCAGUACCAGACCGGGACCCGUUAACGUGCAGCCAGUCCGUUGGUCUCAUCCACUGUUCUACACCGACACUCCAAUCUUUACCGACGACCAGGAGGACAUUCAUGACUACUUUGGCUGUCAUGAUCCCUGCCAGCCAAACCCUUGUCAAUACAAUGGGAAAUGCGAGAAACAUGGCGACUCUUUCAAGUGUGAUUGUAAAGGUUAUAUCAGGGGAGAACGCUGUGAGAAACCUUACGAUUGCCUUGCCCUGUACUAUGCACGUAUCCGCGAGAGUGGUGUGUAUACCAUUUACCCAUCGCAGUAUCCACAAGGCUUACAGGUGAUCUGUGAUAGCAGUGGUUGGAUCGUGUUUCAGAAGCGGUUUAAUGGAUCGGUGAACUUCUCUCGCAACUGGGCCGAGUACCAGGGCGGAUUUGGCGAACUCUCGGGAGAGUUCUGGCUUGGGAACGAGAAUCUUCGUCGUUUAACUUCUGAAAGGGAAUGGGUACUUGAGAUUGAGCUGAUGUAUGAUGAUCAGUUCAGUUCAAAUGAGCAUGUGACGUACCGGUGGCCAUUCCGUGUAGAGGACGACAACUAUAAAUUGCUGGUUGAAGGAUUUUCUGAUGGUUUCCCUUUUCUAUCAAUGGAAACUCCGUUUUCUUUCUCAACGUAUGAUAGAGACAACGACGAUGUGAACGGAACCAACUGUGCUGAGAUGGAGAGAGGAGGAUGGUGGUUUGGCCAAUGUGGAUCUCCGCAGGAUUCUUUGGGCAAUCUGAAUGGAGAAUAUUCCCUUCUGGGUGACCCAGAUAAUUAUACAGAUCGGGAAAACCGCGGUAUGAAAUGGGAUGUUACAGGGAACGUCAUAGUAGUGCGGAGCAGUCAAAUGAAGCUACGCCGUUUCACUCCACGUGAUUGUGAACACUUGUAUCGUUUUGGUAUCAAGGGGAACGGCGUCUACACCAUAUAUCCGUGGAAGUACACGAAUAUUGACAGAAUGAAGGUUUACUGUGAUAUGGAUACAGAACCCAAUGGCUGGAUAGUGUUUCAGGACCGGUUUGAUGGGUUGGUGAAUUUCACUCGCAACUGGGCCGAGUACCAGGACGGAUUUGGCGAACUCUCGGGAGAGUUCUGGCUCGGGAACGAGAAACUCCGCCAACUAACGUCAGAAGGGCAAUGGGCGCUAGAGAUUGAGCUGUAUGGUCCAAAUGUUGAUGACACUUGGCCUGUAAUGCAUCACAGGUGGUUAUCGUUUCGUGUGAUGGGCAACAGCUACGAUCUGGAAGUUCAAGGACCAAUAGUUGAUUUUCAUCUCCCUUCAAGUGAGACGCCACUUUCGUUUUCGACGUACGAUAGAGACAACGACGGUGUGAACGGAACCAACUGUGCUGAGGUCGAGGGAGGAGGAUGGUGGUUUGGUCAGUGUGGAUCUCCGCAGGAUUCUUGGAGCAAUCUGAAUGGAUAUUAUUCUCUCCUAGAUGACACACAUACUAGAGUUCAGCAAUAUUUCGGUAUUAUGUGGGUUGGUGCAGUGAAGUUCCUAGUUCAGAGCAGUAGAAUGAAGCUGCGCCGUUUCAGUCCAAGUGAUUGCCUUGAGUUGUAUGAUUUUGGCGUCACGGCGAGUGGUAUCUACACCAUCUACUUAAAACAAACUAGCGUGAGUGUCUACUGUGAUAUGGAAGCAAAUGACGGGGGCUGGACGGUGUUUCAGAAGCGGUUUAAUGGGUCGGUGAAUUUCACUCGCAACUGGACCGAGUACCGAGACGGAUUUGGCGACCUCUCGGGAGAGUUCUGGCUUGGGAACGAGAAACUCCGUGUACUCACUUCUACCUAUAGAUGGGAACUAAGGGUAGACCUGGUGGACGAUCAAGGAAAGACGAGACAAAUCAAUGUCAACAGAUUCAGCGUCAAAGGCAGUGAUUACGAAUUGGACAGAGGUAUGUUUCCUACCAAAAAAACUGUGAAGGAUUUUGACUUCCCUCUAUUCAAUAAGCGGAAAUUCUCAACAUAUGACAAGGACAACGAUGAUGAGCAGAAUUCUAAUUGCGCAGCUGAGCAGAAAGGGGGAUGGUGGUUCGAAGAGUGUAGUGAUAAUAUUCUGUACAGCCUGAAUGGAGAAUAUCACCGUGUUGCUGAUUUUCUUGGUACCAAAUGGGCUGGAUGGGGAACCAAUGGAACAUUCAAGUGUGAAAUGAAGCUGCGUCGUUACUAA